AUGUCGGACAACUUGGUCAAAAUACCGGACUACCUUCCCAAAGACAGUAAUUUGGGUCAUGGCAAACACCUGGUCACUACUGCAAAAUGUAUCAACGUACUACUCAUAGGCCGUUCGGGAGUGGGCAAACGUACCUUUGUAAACACGUUGGUGGAUCCGCAAAUAGGCACUUCAACCAGGGACACUUUAACCAACACGGAAAAUCCCCAAAUUAGCACGCUCAUUUUGAAAGAUAAUGAUACCGGGCUAUCGUACCAAAUAAACAUCAUAGACACACCGGGUUUGGACGAAAAGCAUCUGGACAAUAAAAACGGAGCCGAUGAACAAUUAAUGAGCCUGGCCACCGAGUGCGUGCGGCGCAAUAUCACCUGGCUCAACGUGGUGUGCAUGGUGACCAAGGCGGGUACUACAGAACAGAGUGAUGUCAAUGUGUUUAAAUUGCUUACCGAGGCACUUGGUGAGAGGUACUCAAAAAUAGCCAUGAUGAUUGUCACCCACUGCGACGAGUACACUGAAACGGUUUGCGAAAGUUUUAUCGACUUCAUAAAAACGGACAAAAGCACCAAGCCAUAUUACGACUAUUGCCGGUUAGGCACCUACAUGUUUGGCGCCAUUGACUGCAAAAAAGUAGGUGCCGUCCCGGAAAAUGUAGUUCGACAUUAUGUCGCGGCCAAAUUGGAAAGGAUUGAGAUAAUGCGCCAGGACAUUAUUGCCAAAAUUGUUGCCUGCUCCGAUACUAAGCUUGAUGUUGAGGAGUUUAAAUGUAUUUACGAUAAAAUCCACCAAGAUCAGAAUGAUAACAUUAAGCAG